AUGGAGACAAGAGGCAUCCUCCCAAAGAUUAUCCCCAAGACUGAUAACUCAGGAAAGUUUGUUGUGCCUUGUAUCAUCAAAGGUAACAUUCUUGAGCAAUCUUUGUGUGACACAGGAGCCAAUGUGAACAUCAUGUCUAAGAGGAUAGCUGACAAGAUAGGCCUCACCAAGAUAGAGCCAUCAUCCAUCUCCAUCAACUAUGCUGAUUCAUUCUCACAAACCCCCUAUGGCUUUGUGCCUAAUGUGAUGGUGCAGAUUGGAAAUUGCUCUAUCCCUACUGAUUUCCAGAUUGUGGAAAUGAGAGAGAGUAGCCAUAGACCUCUCAUAUUUGGAACCCCUUUCCUGUCUACUGUGGGUGCCAUAUUUGAUUUCCCCAAUCAAAGAAUCUCUUUCAACAAGGUGAACAAGGGUAUGUUCUUCCCUAUGUGUUCAACAAAAACUCUUUUGUUGACAUGGUCCAAGAGGAGAAAGUUACUUUGA